GCCCUGCCUCCCCGCCCCGGGAGCGCCGUUCGGCACCGCGGGCCGCUUUCUCGGGCCGGAGCCUCCGUUCUUCUCUGCGCUUGGGAAUUUAAACCGGGCCCUUGGCCGCGGGUUUCACACCCCGCCCCCGAGGAGGGCGUCCCCGGAAGUGCUCCUACGGAAGCCGGCGGGGCCGCGCGCGCUCGCCUCUUCACCAUGGCGACGGCGGGCGUCCCGCGGCGCUUCUGCCGCUGCGCUUGCUUCUGCACCGAGAACCUGUACGUGGCGCGCUACCGGCUGCACCUGCGCUUCUGGGGCGAGCAGCAGCUGCGCCGGGACUACGGGCCGAUCCUGCGCAGCCGAGGCUGCGUCAGCCCCAAGGACUUCCAGCAGCUGCUAGAAGAGCUUGAGCAGGAGGUGGAGCGACGACAGCGGCUGGGGCAGGAGUCGGCUGCUAGGAAAGCCCUCAUCGCCAGCUCCUACCACCCGGCGCGGCCAGAGAUCUACAGCUUGCUGCAGGAUGUGGCUCUGGCCCCCGAGUUUCUGGCCGCAGCUGAGUACAGCGCAAUGCCGGGUGCAGACCUCAAGGGCCUCCUCCACCGGCUGGAGACAGUGUCAGAGGAGAAGCGGAUCUACCGGCUGCCUGUGUUCACAGCGCCGUUCUGCCAGGCCCUGCUGGAGGAGCUGGAGCACUUCGAGCAGUCAGAUAUGCCCAAGGGAAGACCCAACACCAUGAACAACUACGGGGUGCUGCUACAUGAGCUAGGUCUGGAUGAACCGCUGGUGACACCGCUGCGGGAGCGCUUCCUCCAGCCACUGAUGGCCCUGCUGUACCCAGACUGUGGCGGAGGCUGGCUCAACAGCCACCGAGCCUUCGUGGUCAAGUACGCGCCAGGCCAGGACCGAGAGUUGGGCUGCCACUACGAUAAUGCUGAGCUGACCAUCAACGUGGCCCUGGGCAAGACCUUCACGGGGGGUGCCCUAUACUUUGGAGGCCUCUUCCAGGCGCCUUCAGCCCUGGCCCAGCCCCUGGAGGUGGAGCACGUGGUGGGCCAGGGUAUCCUGCAUCGAGGCGGCCAGCUGCACGGAGCCCGGCCCCUGGGCUCUGGUGAGCGAUGGAACCUCGUUGUCUGGCUCCGGGCCUCGGCUGUGCGCAACCGCCUCUGCCCCAUGUGCUGCCGCAAGCCCGACCUGGUGGACGACGAGGGGUUCGGCGACGGCUUCACCCGAGAGGAGCCCACGACGGUGGAUGUGUGCUCCCUGACUUGAGCCUGGUUGGGACCCGUGUCGGGGGUGGCCUGCCAGCGGAGAACUCUGCCACCUUGGUUGGGGGAGGGCAGAAAUAAACUCCCUGCGGCCCUCAGCACUUCUUGGUUCAAAAGGACAAGCAGGCUUCUGGGUUAUUCUCUCAGCAGACGGGCCAGCUUAGGUCAGAAGCAGAACCUGAGAUGGGGAUUCCUAUUUCUCAAGGGAAUACCCUCAGGAGAAAGGAGCCCAAGAAGCAGGACAAGGCAGGAAGGAGCUGGGCCAGGACGUGGGUUCAGGUGGCAUCUAAGCCCAGGCCAGUCCCAUGGGAGCUCUGGAGCAUGAAUCUACCAGUUUGCCCCCAGCAUUGGUUAUUGGCUACAGGGUGUGUCACGAGA